GGCCCGCUGUUGGAUAAAGCAGUUGAGAUGGCAGUGGGGAAGGUACAGGCUCGGGUCAAGGGUGGGCUGGCAACGGGUGAGUGUGAUGGAUGGACAAAUGGGUCAAAGACUCCAGUUGAGACUUCGAUGAUGACAGUGGCAAACGAGCACUACCUUGUUCGCACACAUGAUCUGUCAGGCCAGCCAAAGACAGGUGACAAUCUAUAUGCAAUAAUAAAAUCCGACAAGCAGUACAUCGAGGAUACAUACCUUGUCGAAAUUAUUGCGUGGAUUACAGACGAUGGGCCAGAUGGAAAGAAGGCACGUCGUCUUCUGCAUCAGGACCACCCUUGGAUCAUCGUGUCCGUAUGUUGGGCCCACCAAAUCAAUCUUAUCGUUGGUGACUACCUGAAACAAAACCCAAUGCUCAAGCUUUAUGUCAACCAAGCCAUUAAGGUCAUCAAAUGGUUUCGAGAUCAUGACUUACCCCGUCAAUGGCUCAAUCAAGAACAGCUUCUUGAUCACCCCCAUGCUUUAGCCCUUGUCCUUCCCGUUAUCACUCGCUGGAUGUACCACUACCUCUCGAUAUCUCGUCUUCUUACGGUCUCAGGGCCGUUGCGGGCUUUGUGCAUGAGGCGAGAGAAUGAUAUCCUGAACUGUGCAGGACGAGACAAUGAGGCAAAGCAGAGGGUAGAGGAGGUGAUGGGCAUUGUGGAGGACCCUGAGUUCUGGGAUCAGAUCCGCCGUGUUCAGGCGCACCUUGAGCCCCUGGCCAUUGCAAACAACAUUGCUCAAGCUUCGUAUACCCGAUUUGACCACAUACUCCUCACUCUCGGCAAUCUCUUCCAUGUAUAUGGCGAUCACAAACUUGAUGCACUUGUUCCAAUCUUCACAACAUGGGCGAACCCAUACAUCCGGGGUCGACCAUUUAACGGCAACAUCCUUCCUCAGGCCUUAUUAGUUCGCAUUGCAAUGGAUCUCUUCAAGCGGGUAUAUGGAAGGGAGGCAAACUUAGAUUUCUGGGAGGCAUGUACUGAGUAUCACCAUUGCCAAGGUCGGUUUUCGGAUGAGAACAUGGCUCUUUCAUUCGUACAACAGGCUUGCAAGAAAGAGGGCAAGGAGUUGGAUGUUGUCCGAGUAUGGCAUGCUCUUGAAGAUGAGAAGGCAGGCCCCGACUUUAACGGUCACCAAGGCCUUAUCAAGCUUGCAAUUCGUCUUCUCAGUAUCAUUGUCAACUCUGCGGGAUCGGAACGCAGUUUCACAAAGUUCGGUAACAUACAUACCAAACUCCGCAACCGCCAAUCCACCUCUUCGAUGCACAAGAUCACGACUGUACGCAUGGACAUUGAACGUGACCAUGCCGACUCGAAACACCAACGGCUCAAGCGCAAGUUCAGUGAUGUUGAUGGCAAAGAGUCCACUGAUCCAACAACU